AUGAUUUUUAGGUAAGAUGAAAGAUUAAUUUUUCAACAUAAAACGAGUAUUAGCCAUCUGCCAAAAAUGGUUAUUGAGCUCCAUCAACAAAAGCAUUUUGUUCUAGUCCACGGGGCCUGCCAUGGGGCAUGGAGUUGGUACAAGCUCAAGCCACUGCUAGAGACCACCGGCCACCAGGUCACGGCACUCGACUUGGCGGCUUCCGGCAUCCACAUGAAGCCAAUCCAAGAAGUUCACACACUUUCUGAAUACACUCAGCCUCUGUUAGAGUUGUUGGCUUCUCUGCCACCAAAUGAAAGGGUUAUCCUUGUUGGGCACAGCCUUGGAGGCCUGAAUUUGGCUCUUGCGAUGGAGAAAUUCCCUGAGAAAAUUUCUGUUGCUGUUUACUUAACAGCUUUCAUGCCGGAUACUGUCCACCAGCCAUCAUAUAUCUUGGAUCAGUACAACGAAAGGACCCCAAGCGAAGCAUGGCUGGACACGCAAUUUUUACCCUACAGCACCUCUCUUCAGCAUCAAACUUCAAUGUUUUUUGGCCCAAUAUUCAUAUCCUCCAAGCUCUAUCAUCUAAGUCCCAUUGAGGAUCUUGAAUUGGCAAAGACUUUGGUGAGGCCAUCAUCACUGUUCCUACACGAUUUGUCCAACGCAAAAAAUUUCUCUAAUGAAGGGUAUGGAUCAGUUAGCCGAGUAUAUGUCAUCUGCGAAGGCAAAGGAAUUCCACUGGAGUUUCAGCAAUGGAUGAUUUCAAAUUAUACUGUUGAAGAAGUGAUAAAGAUUGAAGGUUCUGAUCAUAUGCCUAUGUUCUGUAAACCAAAAGAGUUGUGUGAUCGUCUCUGUGAGAUUGCCCAAAAAUAUACUUGAUUAAAGUUUUUUUUUUUUUUUUUUUGCACAAUAUGCUUAAUUAAAAUUGUGAUAUUAUAUGUAAAAGACCAGUAUCAUUAGAUCUUUUUAGGUGGGUAUGAUGUGAAAGUUGGUUUUGCACAAUAAAGUACGUUAUGUGUCCUUUUCAA